AUGGCUGUUAACAGAAUAAGGGGGGCCUUUACGGCUCCACGGAAGGGAGAGACGUUUGAGCUGAGAGCUGGAUUAGUAUCGCAAUAUGCAUACGAGAGAAAGGAAUCGAUCCAAAAAACGAUCAUGGCCAUGACGUUGGGUAAAGACGUGUCUUCCCUUUUCCCUGAUGUCCUAAAGAAUAUAGCGACCGCGGAUCUCGACCAGAAGAAGCUCGUCUAUCUCUAUCUGAUGAACUAUGCCAAAUCACACCCCGACCUUUGCAUUCUUGCCGUCAAUACAUUUGUCCAAGACACGGAGGACCCAAAUCCCUUAAUUCGAGCUCUUGCGAUACGGACAAUGGGUUGCAUCAGAGUGGAGAAAAUUGUAGAUUAUAUGGAAGAGCCGUUGCGCAAAACAUUACGAGAUGAGUCUCCUUACGUUCGAAAGACCGCCGCCAUAUGCGUUGCAAAACUUUUUGAUCUCAACCCCACUCUCUGCCUCGAGAACGGCUUCCUCGAGGCGCUCCAAGAAAUGAUCGGAGACCCCAACCCAAUGGUAGUUGCAAAUUCGGUGACUGCCCUCGCAGAAAUCAGCGAAACUUCGCCGGAAACCAAGGCUCUGCAGAUUACUCCAAACACUCUCCGAAAGAUGCUCAUGGCCCUCAAUGAGUGUACUGAAUGGGGAAGAGUCUCGGUUCUCACAAAUCUUGCCAACUACACUCCCAAAGACCAGAAGGAAUCCGAGAAUAUAUGUGAACGAGUAGUGCCUCAAUUUCAACAUAUAAAUGCCAGUGUUGUCCUAGCAGCGGUCAAAGUUGUCUUUUUACACAUGAAGUACAUAAACCCAGAUAUGGCCAAGUCUUAUCUUAAGAAAAUGGCUCCCCCCCUAGUUACACUUGUCUCCUCAGCUCCAGAAGUACAGUACGUUGCUCUGAGGAAUAUCGACCUCCUCUUGCAAAGCCAACCAAAUAUUCUAGACAAGGAGCUUAGGGUAUUUUUUUGCAAAUACAACGACCCACCCUACCUUAAGUUUCAAAAACUAGAGAUAAUGGUUCGAAUUGCCAACGACAGAAACGUGGACCAGCUCCUUGCCGAGCUCAAGGAGUAUGCUCUAGACGUUGAUAUGGACUUUGUGCGCCGUGCAGUCAGGGCAAUUGGACAAACGGCUAUCAAAAUUGAGCUAACUGCAGAGAAAUGUGUGGCUACUCUUCUAGAUUUAAUCAACACCAAGGUUAAUUACGUGGUCCAGGAGGCCAUCGUAGUGAUCAAAGAUAUAUUCCGAAAAUAUCCCGGAUAUGAAGGAAUCAUUCCUACCCUUUGCCAGUGUAUCGAUGAACUUGACGAGCCAGAUGCCAGAGGUGCGUUGAUAUGGAUUGUGGGAGAGUAUGCAGAGAAAAUCAGCAACGCUGGCGAUAUCCUGGACGGCUUCGUGGAUGGCUUUAAUGAAGAAUUUACUCAGACACAGUUGCAAAUCUUGACAGCAGUGGUCAAAUUGUUCCUCAAACGUCCUGAUAAGGCUCAAGGUUUGGUACAGAAGGUAUUGAAGGCUGCAACUGAAGAUAAUGAUAACCCUGAUAUCCGGGACCGAGCGUAUGUAUACUGGCGGCUGCUUUCUAACACGAAUGAUCCAAACGCCCCCAAAAAUGUGGUUCUUUCCGAGAAGCCCCCAAUUGUUACCACUAUCCAUUCUCUACCUCCCAACCUUCUCGAACAACUUCUUGGCGAGCUCUCAACACUGGCUUCGGUUUAUCACAAGCCCCCGGAACAGUUUGUAGGACAGGGCAAAUAUGGCGCAGAUGCUGUUCAGAAAGCAGCUAUUGAGUAUGACUAUCCUCGCCUCUCCAAACUGGCCAAGGUCACUAACAUAAAUGCUUAG